UUCAAUAACAUCUAAACGUAGAGUUAGGUUACGUCCGUUUAUCACUUCCUCAGUGACGAAAAACUGAAGUUCAGAAAGGUCAAUAAUAAAAUCAACAAAUUAGUCAGUAUCAAUACAAAAUUUAGAAGAACCAGUAGUUUAUAAGUUAUAAAAAUGGACUUUAAAGUUGUAGUGUUGGUGCUUCUAAUAAAAGUAGUGACUGGACAUAUUGAAAUCGAUAUAAAGGUAGAUGAAGACGAGAAAGUUAGUAUUAAGCAUUCAGGAUCGGAGAUAAAUUUAAUAUCGGAUAAUGACAUCAAUGUCUUCAAAGUACAGAGAUUACAUAAUGCUGUAAAACAGCAUUUAGGGAAGGAACCUAAAGAUGUUUACUUACGCAGUCCAACGCCUUGGGGAGAUCUAUACAAAACAUAUGGGUGGCAGCCAGUAAGGCGAGUCCUAUCGAUAAAAUCAGCCAGAGUAACGCGCCUGACUAUGGACCCAGUGAUAGUGCUAUCACACGACUUCGAAAAUCUAUCGAAUCAGACGGUAAAAGUGAACACAGGGAUCACACAGACUGUGGAAAAUACUCUCACAACAUCUUGGACUAAGGAAAAGGAAUACACUGUUUCUCAAGAGAUUGAAUACGAGUUUAACGUUGGAUUUUCAAAAGUUAAUGGUGUGACUGGGUUUUCGUUUACUAAUAAGUGGGGGGUUAGUGAGGAGAAGAGUCAAACCCAAACUAUUGGUUCAAGUAGUGGAAUGGAAACGGAACUGAAGCCUGGACAAGCUGUAACAGCUGUAUUAUCAGCGGAGGCAGGGUUUUUGGAAAUAGAAGUCACUCAUAAAGCCAGCUUAGUUGGAAAUCUGGCUUUAAAUUACAAAAAGGCUUACAGAGGUCAUCAUUUCUGGGGUCCAUUGAUCCAGGAUGUUAUGAAGACUGGAAAUUUGGACAAUGAGAAGACCAGUACAGAGAGAAUCAAGUUUGGUUUCCAUGUGCACGGCUUUUUGAAGGUUUAUGACAAGAAGACUGGAUUGCCUGUAUGAGUUUAAUAAGAUUUUAGUAUAAUAUUAAA